AUGAGAUUUUCUAAGCCUGUUAACCCUAAACUGUUUGGGCGUGCAGUUUCUGGUGGUAUGAGCUUCAUCCAAUUUUGCAACCCAAAUAGCAUUAGAGUUCACUUCAUAGUAGGCUCUUCAUUGUUUUUGGGCAUUGUUGUGCCAUCGUACUGGCAUGAGUCUCUCCUACCUUCUGGAGUGGGAUCCUCAUGGUGGAGCUGCACUAUACAAGUAUUUUGCUCAUCUUCGGCACUAGGUGCAGCAGCUGCUAUCGUCAUGGAUUACAUCGUGACUCUGGGAGACCAGUCAUUACGAAUAGAUAGUGGAAGAGAUUGGUGGGCACCUUUGAGGAACAACGGAGAUAUUAAUACCGCUUCGUUCUAUUCCUUCCCUAAAAAGGCGGUGGAUUUGCUACCGUGA